GCUGUGAUUGGUCCACUGCCGCUUUGUGGGCCGGGCUCUAGUUUCGGUUAGCUGGGAGCGUGAAACCGCGUGAGAAAGUUGCCAUUGAGGUAAAGCAGAGCUGGACGGAGGAUUGUUGCAGCCGCUGAGGGAGUUGCUGCAAAACUAACAACAUAUUUCCUGUUUUUUUUGAUGUUGUUGUUUUCUCGUGAUAUCUCUUUUUGAGUGCAGGUUUGCCUUUCCAACUCAGGAGGGAAGUAACAUUUUGUUUUUGUUGACUGUUCAACCUCCAGCAAGCGACCGCGGCGAGUCAAGUGGGAACUCUUCACUGCAAUUAACUUGUGCUGGAUUUGUUUCUGAUGCUCUGACUCUCAGAGAGCCCACAGUGUGCGGCUGUGGACGGGCUUCAGUUAUUUUCCUGUUUGUUUGUCUUAUUCCUCGCACUCGGACUACAUCGGAUUCUACACAAAACCACGCGUGGAGCGAAAGAAGCGUCUCCAGCCUUUUCAAUCCUCACCUGGUUCUUACCCUCGACCCCCCUCCUGCUGGUAGCCUCCAGCUAAUGAUCCGUUUCCCGUGUUUUUCCGGUUGAUUGGAGGAGAGACCCAGAUCGGAGCAGGGAUCCACAUUAACGGGCUGUGGACUCGAACGGUCGGGUUUUUGUUACAAAUUAACGCCGGCUGGUCCGACUAACAGCGUCCGAUGGAUCCGUCUCCGUGAUCUGGAUCAGCUCACGUCUUCUCUGUACCCUCAUUUGAUCCCCUCAUAACGGGGGUUUAGGAAGGAAGCGGUCACAUCCUCCUGGUGAAAACCAUGUUCCCCCAGGGGCGACACCCGACGCCCCACCAGGCUCCAGGCCAGCCCUUCAAGUUCACCAUCCCAGAGUCAUUGGACCGCAUCAAGGAAGAGUUCCAGUUUCUUCAGGCACAGUACCACAGCCUCAAGCUGGAGUGUGAAAAGCUGGCGAGUGAAAAGACGGAGAUGCAGAGACACUAUGUCAUGUACUAUGAGAUGUCCUAUGGCCUCAACAUUGAAAUGCACAAACAGACUGAGAUUGCCAAGAGACUAAACACCAUCUGUGCACAAGUCAUUCCCUUCCUCUCACAGGAGCAUCAACAGCAGGUAGUUCAAGCUGUGGAGCGAGCCAAACAGGUGACCAUGGCAGAGCUCAAUGCUGUCAUCGGGCAGCACCUAUCCCAUAACCACGGUGGUGCACCUGUGCCCCUCACCCCUCACCCUGCUGGCCUCCACCCUUCUCAGCUGGGUGGUUCAGCUGGUCUCCUGGCUUUGUCAGGAGCGCUCGGGGGGAUUCCUCCCCAUCUGAUGGGAAAAGAUGUUGGAGAUAAAAAGCCUCACCUGUCUGGACCUGACUCGCACCCUGCAGGACCUGAGCACCUGAGAGAGCGAGAGCCUGGCACAAGUAACUCAUUGCUGCCAGAAAGUCUUAGGAAUUCAGAUAAGCGACGAAACGGACCCGAGUUUCCAAAUGAUACCAAGAAACGCAAGGUUGACGACAAGGACUCCAGCCACUAUGACAGUGACGGGGAGAAAAGUGACGAUAAUUUAGUGGUGGAUGUCUCAAAUGAGGAUCCUGCCUCCCCUCGUGGCACACCACUCCCCUCCCCGAGAGAAAAUGGACUGGAUAAAGCACGUCAUCUCAAGAAAGACCCCUGCAGUCCAGCUUCUACUGCAUCAUCAGCUAGUUCUUCCUCCCUCAAAUCCAAAGAGAUGUCAAUGCGAGACAAAGCAGGUACACCCGGGCUUAAGUCAAGCACACCUACACCAAGAGGGGACUCAACACCUGGUCCAAGUUCUACUCCAGGGAUCCGACCUAGUCUAUCAAAACCGCCCACAAUGGAGUUACCACAUCCACCAACAGCAGGUUUGCGGACCCCCCUGGCUGUUCCAGGUCCAUACCCGGGUGCGUUUGGUAUGUUGCCCCACGCAGCAGGGAUGAAUGGAGAUCUGGCCAGUGCUGCUGGGGCUGCAGCCUAUGCUGCCGGACUGCACAACAUGUCACCUCAGAUGAGUGCUGCUGCUGCAGCAGCUGUGGCUGCUUAUGGCCGUUCACCAAUGGUUGGUUUUGAUCCUCAUCCUCACAUGCGAGUUCCUGGAAUGCCUCCCAGUCUGACAGGAAUCCCCGGUGGCAAACCUGCUUACUCCUUUCACGUGGCGGCUGAUGGGCAGAUGCAGCCAGUUCCGUUCCCCCCGGAUGCCUUGGUGGGCCCAGGGAUUCCUCGCCACGCCCGACAGAUCAACACGCUGAACCAUGGAGAGGUGGUGUGCGCAGUUACCAUCAGCAACCCCACCCGACACGUUUACACUGGAGGGAAGGGAUGUGUUAAGGUGUGGGACAUAAGUCACCCAGGAAACAAGAGCCCAGUGUCACAGCUUGACUGUCUGAACCGAGAUAACUACAUCCGCUCCUGUCGUCUACUUCCUGACGGCCGGACGCUGAUUGUGGGAGGUGAGGCGAGCACACUGUCAAUCUGGGACUUGGCCACGCCUACCCCCAGGAUUAAGGCAGAGUUAACAUCAUCAGCACCAGCAUGUUACGCUCUGGCCAUCAGCCCGGACUCCAAGGUCUGCUUCUCAUGCUGCAGUGACGGAAACAUUGCAGUGUGGGAUUUACACAACCAGACACUGGUUAGGCAGUUCCAGGGCCACACAGAUGGAGCCAGCUGUAUUGACAUCUCCAACGAUGGCACCAAGCUGUGGACUGGAGGCCUUGAUAACACAGUCCGCUCCUGGGAUCUGAGAGAGGGGCGACAGCUGCAGCAGCAUGACUUCACAUCACAGAUCUUCUCUCUUGGCUACUGUCCGACUGGAGAGUGGCUGGCUGUGGGAAUGGAGAGCAGCAACGUCGAGGUCCUUCACGUCACCAAGCCCGACAAAUACCAGCUUCAUCUGCAUGAAAGCUGUGUACUCUCCCUGCAGUUUGCCUACUGUGGUAAAUGGUUUGUGAGCACAGGAAAGGAUAACCUACUGAAUGCAUGGAGAACACCGUAUGGAGCCAGCAUAUUCCAGUCUAAAGAAUCAUCAUCUGUGCUAAGCUGUGACAUAUCUGUGGACGACAAGUACAUCGUCACCGGUUCAGGGGACAAAAAGGCCACUGUGUAUGAGGUCAUCUACUAGAAAUACUGGAAGAAUACAAAGACAUUUUUCUCUCCCACAUGACCAUGAUAUUUCUAGAAACUUCCACUUGGAGCCAGAAAUUGCAGUUUAAGAGUGACCAUGGGGGCACUUUUUUGUUUUUUUGAUACAUCUGCAAAGAAAGGAGGAAAACACAUCUACUGUGCCUGGGUACACCGCUGCAUGUCAAUGAGGAACUAAUUGCAACAGGAUGUUAGUGAAAGGGGAGGAACCGUUUGGAUGUUGGUGUCUCUACAGCUUUCUGCAAUGGACCACGGUGGGAUCAGUUGCGGGACCUGACAAUGACUUAACCAAAAGGCACGCUGUGCUGUUUGACUGGAACUAACUCUGCUGGACAUCGGAUUCUCAAACACUCUUGAUCAGGUGUCACCUUCCUGGAAAGAACCCUCAAACAAGGUGGUUGAAUAUGUGGACUAAAUGCAGACAGGGAAAUGUGGACACAGAUUGAGAAAAUGAUGGAAAGGUGAAGAAAGAACACAUUUACACGAUGGAGGAGAUGUUGGCCUGUGUUUUGCUCCGGACAGAUAAUGCCCACAGCCUGCCGUUCUCUCAGCUCUGACUCUCUGACCUUAGAACCUCAGCUUGCUGUUCUGAUACGCCUACACUGUCUGAAAAGAACCUUUUCUGUCUCAACAGUAAGUCCUAUCCUCAUCAGCUGCGCAGUAGUAACUGUGGUAGCCGCCCACCUACAUGCUUAGUACACACAUUAAAUACCUUCAUGAAGGAUUGAAACAUACCAGUGCCCAUGUUUAUUGUCAAGCAUCAUGCUGUUGUUGAUUUUUUUGUGAUUGGAUAUUUGAUCCUGAUCACAAUUCAAAGCUUAUUUUCAGAAAUUGUCUUUGAUGUACUUUGUAGAAAAACUAGCUUACCAAACCAAACAGGAGAAUAUAAUUUAGAUUUUAUUCCAAAAGUCUUAACUCCAGUUUAUGAUUCUCCUCUCUCUCAUGUGAUGGUUGAAAGGCCAAUUAAUGGAACCCUGAAGGAAAUAAAAGUUUUAGUGAGUGAAUUAAUACUUGAAAUAUAUUCCCAUACUUCAUGGGCAUCUCAAUGCUUUCAUACUGGAGUUUCUUUAAACUUCUUGGUCCUUGUGCUCCAUAUUUAAACUGGAGUGCGUGUCAGCAGCUUCGUGAUUGAACCCAAGUUCUCUCACAUGAUAACUUAAUUGACAUUUUUGAGUCUAUUAAUAAUUAUUCAAAUGGAUAUAACUUAAGAUUUACUAGUAGCCUUGAAAAUAGGUUUAAUAACGAAGCCAUGUCCCCUGCUUGUAUUGUAAUGCAAUUAAUUUUCUUAUGGUCUCUUUCAAAAUUCGUUCCUUGGAUGAGGUCAGUACAGCUGAAAAUGAAUGCUCUGGAAUCAGUGUUCCCCCCUUACUUGAAAUAAAGGUUACUAUCAUCACUGUUUUAUUUAACCCUGCCUUUCUCCCUCUUUAAAACACAAGAUGUCUUAUAGAAGGUUAGUCAUCCUUCAUAAUGAUACCUACUUUACUAUUAAGAAAUCCUCUCUACAAGUACUACAUCAAAUUAAUGUUUGAACAACUAACAACAUAAAUAAAACAAAGCUCACCUUACAAACAGAAUUGCCUUUAUGCUUAAAUUCAAUUAUGUGUCUGCUAAUAUUUCGAUGUGGAUCAUAUGUGAAAUUGCCUUGAAAAGUACAAUUGUGUUAGGUUGUCUUUCACUUAGAGAACAUUUCAAACUACAACACAGAUGAAGUUAUUUGUCAGGGAUUGUCCUCAAGUGAAGGGUAUUACAGAAAUGGUCAGGUUUUUUUCAGCUUCAGGAAGGAGUCAGUCAGUUUCAGCCAUUUUAAACUUGUUCAUUUCAUGAUAUUGUGCUGUUUUUUUUUAUCUGUCUCUUGAAUGUUUGUUUGUAAAAAUGUAUAUAUGUUUUUUUUUCUUACAGGACAUGCUUUAGAAAUAACUGUUUUUGUACGUCUUUUACAUGGAAAAAAACGUCUAAUCAGGAGAAAUACUGAAUGGUCUUAAUGCUAGCUAAUCUAAAAUGAUUAAAAAAUCUAGACAAUAAAUGUGUUUUUUUGUAAA